AUGAGCGAAGCCAUUGAGCGGAUUCGUUCGCAGGAUGAAUACCGCCAAUUCUACGAGUUGGCAACCAAGAUUCGCAACCAGAAACUGCUUGCCGAUGCGGAGCUCAAUUCGCUCAACAGACACAAGCAAGAGGUGGCGGAUAUUGAAAUAAAGCUGCUGACCGAGGCGUGGAGGAGUUCUUAUUGGAAUUUGAAAAACCAAUCCCUGGAACCAAACAUUGCUUGUCGACUUCUGAAGGAGAUCAACGACACAGAAGCACAGCCAGCCUACAAGCAUGUCGGACACCACUUUUCCACCCUUGACCAACUCCUAACAGUGCUUUACAAGGAGCCGAGCACAGUUGCCGAGCUGCUCAACAACUUUGAUCAAAAUGAUGUUUCUUCUAACGACGCCAUCAUUCAAGUCUUCUUCCAUCUCGUCUAUUCAUGCGGUCUCUACCCCGAAGACGAAUUGAAGAUUGCUCAGGUUGUAUGCUACCUGCUCAAACUGCAGCUGCUCAAAUCGGGGACUCACAUGAGGACGAUGCUCAGGAAAGAGACGUCAAUGUCCACACGAUUUUAUAAACAUUUCGUGGAGUUGAUGCACCCGACAAUGGUUUAUUUAACCAAGGCUCUGCGGAAAGGUGUACUCGAUGUUAUUCAACUCGGGAGUUUUUGGUUGGACAUUGAUGUGAAACAGUCCACCACUCGAUUCAUCCGCGAUGGCAAACAAGACCAAAACCGUUUCCCUGAGUAUCGUGCAAUGGUGGUGUCUAAGCUGGUGUAUUUCGUGGAUACAUUCUUGGAGCAAAUCUACCUGGCUCUUCCAAUGCUCCCACCAAACCUCAAUUGGAUCAUCAGGGAAAUUUUCUGUUCUUUGUAUGAACUUGUCGACGAUAUCUCUGCAAUUGAGUUGAGCCACGCUUGUAAGGAUAUGAUUGUUUCCAAUUUGAUAUGCCCUGCCAUCAUCAGCCCCCAGAAAUGUGGAGUGGUCGAUAAUGAUGUCAGAAUUGGAAACAUUGUAAACCAUAAUUUGGUUCAAAUUGCAAUGAUCAUUCAGAUGAUCUCUCUCAGAGAGUUUGAGUCACCACCGGAAGAGUACAAGGAGUUCCUGAGUCAGUGCAGGAAUACUCACCUGAUUUCGGAGAUGAUGGAUGCGCUUUUGAUUGAGAAGUUGGCUCCAGACGUUGAGAUAACCUCCUUGAUAGCAAAUGGAUCGGCUGUAUCUGACAUGCAGACAAAGUCGAGCUUUGUUGGUUCGGUGGCGGAUGUCAACGUCUUGACCAAGAUGAUCCGCAGCACUCCGGCAUCUACUAACAACAACAUCGAACGAAUUGUUGCUAUUUGUGAAAAGCUACCGGAAACACUUGCCUCCACUAUCCAAAAAUCAAAUGUAGAAAACGCGGAAGAGUCUCCAAAGGUGUCAACACUUCGAAACAUUCAUCGAAAGAUGCAGCAGUCGUUGAAAAGAACCGGAGACUCGUUUUAUGACGCUAUGGAAGUCAAGAACGAAGAAGGAGGAGUUUUCGGGAAGGAGAACUUUGACUUGUUCUUUUUGGACUAUUCAUCAGAGAACUAUGUGGAAGCGAGUGAGAUGGAGCGUCGUAAAAAUGAAGCAAAGGAGAGAAGACGUCGGGAGGAAACGGAGCGGUUGUUGUUGGAUACCCCCACAACAAGCGAACCGGCACCCGCUGCGCCACCAGCAGCAACAAAGGAAGAUCUCAUUGACUUUUCUGCUUCCACCGUCACUGACGAUCCCAUCAGUAUCUCACCAGAGCCUGCUGCAGAUGAGAGUAAAGGUUUCGAGACGUCACCAGAAUCCACUCAAGCCACUGAAGCUGGAGGACGGUUGGCGAAGUUGAAGAGUUUGAGUGAUCGAAUGAAGAAAGGAAUCACUCAAUCCAACACACUCUCUGAUAUCCGUGGGCAUCUCCGUCGAAGCGGCUCACUCAUCAAACCAGGAAUGGCGACAAGUGCCAGUGACCAAAACUUGCCGGAUGCUACAAAUGUGCCAAGAGAUGACAUUCUUGCAAAAUACGCAUCAAUUUCCUCGAUUAAACAGGAAAAACCACCACUCACCAAGCUGAUUAGCGACAACAAGUCGUCUGCAAGAUCUGAAGUCACAGAGCCAUAUUACUCACCGGAAAAUCUGGUUUCGUGCAGAGCAUUCAAGGAUACUCUCCGCAAGAUGGUCACUGUGCUUGGCAAUGUCUCCUAUCUUCCAAGAAUUGGGUAUCGAAAUGAGACCAAGGACACUUCGGUGGGCAGAAAAGAGCUGCUGAACAAAUUUCUGGAUGGAGUUCUCGUGGAGACGGAACACCGACGAGAGUACGGACAGGCUGCACAGUUGCGUGAAGUGAAGAGAUGUAUUGAGCUUUUCGAGAAUGCUGGAGUGGAGAUCCUUAUCGAGCAUCUCAAGCUGAAUGAGAUUGAGCAGGCAGACGUUGUGAAGGUUAUGCGGGAAGAACGUGCUACGCUGAUGAGAAAAUCCAACGAUAUUGUUUCGCUGGAGCAGCGGGUUCUUUUGAACCGCCGUCUCACUGAGCAGAAUCUGGUCGAUUUCCUGAUGCGAACAUUCUUAGAAACCGGAUUUCACACCAAACACGCUGUUGCAAAGACUCCAGAAGUAGCUGCUGUUCUCAAGUUCUACGACGAGUUCAAAUAUCUUCAAGCUAACGAUGAACGUGCGGAGUUCUUGAAAAACUUACUUGCAUAUUUGAAGGACCGUCUUAUGCAAAACGUGGAUUGGAAUUACGCAACCGACACUAUGCUGGACAGAGCUAUGACCACCAUUGAGCGCUAUGUGAUGUUUGCUGUAUACGACACCGCAUUCCAUCCGAAUAAAGAAGCGGAAACACAUAGAGACAAACUACUAAAAAACACCAUAGCAAAAGUCGCGAAUGUUGUAACGCCAGUGAACGACUUCCUGAAGAUUCCAGAGCAUCUGCACGGAGAAGCUCCAUGGCCGUCUGCCCAGGCCGAGUUGUCAAUGCUGGACAUCUACGUGACUGCUCAAGACAAGUUGAACUGUGUGGUUCGUUGCUGUGAUGUCAUCAAUAAUCUUGUGGCAUUGUCUUCAAAAAAUGCGGUAGCGUCUGCUGAUGAUUUGACACCGGUGCUGGUGUUUGUUAUUAUUAAGGCUAACCCACGAGCCCUCCUGUCAAACCUCCAAUUCAUCGAAACAUUCGCUGGUGAUCGGAUUGAAUCUGGCCGUGACGCCUACUACUGGGUCAACUUCAAGUCCGCUGUUGAAUAUAUCAAAACCAUAUUGUGA